ACCACCAGAGCAGCAUUACAGCUAGGAAGGCUCCACCAGAUGGCAGUUUAGGAUUGUCCCUUUCUGCUCCAAGGCGCGGUUUCCGCUUCUCACGGCAUAUUUACAAUAUUAAAACCUACACACUUUUAUCAGGUAUAUAGAUUUUUUAUUUCGGAAGACGGUAAUCGAUUGAACAAUGCCCGGUAAAGUGAGCUGUGUCCCCAGGUUUGAGUGAAUUCGGUAACCCUCCAACACGCACAAGCGCACGGCUCACCCGCACCCGACUCCUCCACCCGUCCCCACGGCGGACCGUCUCCACAUAGCCCUUCCGAGGACACACACGGCCCCCCUGCAGCAGCCAGGAUGAUCACCUCAGAGCUGCCCGUCCUGCAGGACUCGUCCAAUGAGGGUGGGGUGGCUGACACAAUGAGUCUCAGUAUGAGUGUGAGCGAGCUGGAGGACCCAAUGGAUCCUAAAGGAAAGAAGAAAAGGGGCAGGCCAGGAAAACCACCGGCACCAAAUAAGAAGCCCAGGAAAACCCCGGCGGAGAAGGUCGCAGGCGGGGCCAGGGGAAGGAAGGCCAAUGGGAUCCCCCAGACCAACGGAGAGGGAGGGGAACCUGUGACUCUGUUUGAGGUGGUCAAAAUGGGCAAGAGUGCCAUGCAGUCAGUGGUGGACGACUGGAUAGAGUCGUACAAGCAGGACCGAGACAUCGCCCUGCUAGACCUCAUCAACUUCUUCAUCCAGUGUUCUGGUUGCAAAGGGACGGUCCGCAUCGAGAUGUUCCGGAACAUGCAGAACGCUGAGAUCAUCAGGAAGAUGACGGAGGAGUUUGACGAGGACAGCGGGGACUACCCUCUCACCAUGCCCGGUCCCCUUUGGAAGAAGUUCCGCUACAACUUCUGUGAGUUCAUUGGCGUAUUGAUACGUCAGUGCCAGUACAGCAUCAUCUAUGACGAGUACCUCAUGGACACGGUCAUAUCCCUCCUCACGGGACUAUCUGACUCCCAGGUCAGAGCCUUCAGACAUACCAGCACACUAGCAGCGAUGAAGUUGAUGACGGCUUUGGUGAAUGUGGCGCUGAACCUCAGUAUUCACCAGGACAACACUCAGAGACAGUACGAAGCCGAGCGGAACAAGAUGGCCGGAAAACGAGCCAAUGAGAAGCUAGAAUUGCUGCUACAGAAAAGGAAGGAGCUCCAGGAAAACCAGGAUGAGAUUGAGAACAUGAUGAACUCCAUCUUCAAAGGAAUCUUCGUCCAUCGCUACAGAGAUGCUAUAGCUGAGAUCAGAGCUAUAUGCAUAGAGGAGAUUGGGGUUUGGAUGAAGAUGUACUCUGAUGCCUUCCUCAACGACAGCUACCUAAAAUACGUAGGAUGGACCCUACAUGACCGGCAAGGUGAGGUGCGUCUGAAGUGCCUGAAGGCUCUCCAGAACCUCUACACUAACAGAGAGCUGUUCCCCAAACUGGAGCUGUUCACCAAUCGCUUCAAGGACCGCAUCGUGUCCAUGACUCUGGAUAAGGAGUACGACGUUGCAGUGGAGGCUAUCAGACUGGUCACACUCAUCCUGCAGGGCAGUGAGGAUGCGUUAUCCAAUGAGGACUGUGAGAAUGUCUAUCACCUGGUUUACUCCGCCCACAGACCUGUUGCCGUGGCAGCAGGAGAGUUUCUGCACAGGAAGUUGUUCAGCAGACAUGAUCCCCAGGCGGAGGAGGCGCUGGCUAAGAGGAGAGGCCGGAGCAGCCCCAACGGAAACCUCAUCCGCAUGCUGGUGCUCUUCUUCCUAGAGAGCGAGCUCCACGAGCAUGCAGCCUAUCUGGUGGACUCCCUGUGGGAGAGUUCUCAGGAGCUGCUGAAGGACUGGGAGUGUAUGACGGAACUACUGCUGGAGGAGCCUGUCCAGGGAGAGGAAGUGCUGUCUGACAGACAGGAGAGCGCCCUGAUAGAGCUGAUGGUGUGCACCAUUCGCCAGGCAGCCGAGGCCCACCCCCCAGUGGGCAGGGGGACGGGGAAACGUGUUCUCACGGCCAAGGAGAGGAAGACCCAGAUAGACGACAAGAACAAGCUGACCGAGCACUUCAUCAUGGCCCUGCCCAUGCUCCUGUCCAAGUAUCAGGCCGACUCGGAGAAGGUGGCCAACCUGCUGCAGAUCCCCAUGUUCUUCGAUCUGGACGUGUACAGCGCCGGGCGCAUGGAGAAGCAUCUAGACGCCCUGCUGAAGCAGAUCCGCCUGGUGGUAGAGAAGCACAUAGAGAGCGACGUGCUGGAGGCGUGCAGCAAGACCUACAGCAUCCUGUGCUCCGAGGAGUACACCAUCAUGAACCGGGUGGACAUCGCCCGCUCGCAGCUCAUCGACGAGAUGACGGACCGGUUCACGCACUGCGUGGAGGACCUGCUGCAGGAGGGGGAGGAAGCCGACGACGACGACAUCUACAACGUCCUGUCGACCCUCAAGCGGCUCACGGCCUUCCACAACGCCCACGACCUGACCCGCUGGGACCUGUUUGGGAGUUGCUACAGGCUGCUGAAGGCUGGGAUCGAGCAGGGCUCCAUGCCCGAGCAGAUCGCCGUCCAGGCCCUGCAGUGUUCCCAUUACUCUAUACUGUGGCAGCUGGUCAAGAUGACCGAGGGAGCCCCCAGUAAGGAUGACCUGCUGGCCCUGAGGAGAGUGGUCAAGUCCUUCCUGGCCGUCUGUCAGCAGUGUCUGUCCAACGUCAACACGCCGGUCAAAGAACAGGCCUUCAUGCUGUUGUGUGACCUGCUGAUGAUAUUCAGUCACCAGUUGAUGUCAGGGGGCAGGGAAGGACUGGAGCCUCUGGUGUUCAACCCGGACAGCACCUUACAGAACGAACUGCUCUCCUUCAUCCUGGACCAUGUCUUCAUAGACCAGGACGAUGAGAACCAGAGCAUGGAAGGAGAUGAGGAGGAUGAAGCCAAUAAGAUUGAAGCUCUCCACAAAAGGAGAAACCUUCUAGCAGCCUUUAGCAAACUCAUCAUCUACGACAUCGUGGACAUGCCCGCCGCCGCAGACAUCUUCAAACACUACAUGAAGUAUUAUAAUGACUAUGGUGACAUCAUCAAAGAGACUCUCAGUAAAACCAGGCAGAGUGAUAAGAUCCUCUGUGCCAAGACCCUCAUCCUCAGUCUGCAACAGCUGUUCAACGAGCUGCUUCAGGACCAGGGACCUACUCUGGACAGAACGUCGUCUCACGUCAGUGGCAUCAAGGAGCUGGCACGGCGCUUCGCCCUCACCUUCGGGCUGGACCAGAUCAAGACCCGUGAGGCUGUCGCAACGCUGCACAAGGAUGGUAUAGAGUUUGCGUUUAAGUACCAGAAUCCCCGGGGUGCGGAGUUCCCUCCUCCUAACCUGGCCUUCCUUGAGGUCCUCUCCGAGUUCUCCUCUAAACUGCUCCGACAGGACAAGAAGACUGUUCACUCAUAUCUGGAGAAGUUCAUGUCGGAGUCCAUGUCGGAGCGCCGCGAGGACGUGUGGCUCCCGUUAAUCUCGUACCGGAACAGUCUGCUAACGGGAGGCGAUGAUGGGGACCGGCUGUCCGUGACAUCCGGCGCCAGCAGCAAGACCAGCUCUGUCCGCAGCAAGAAGGGAAGGACACCAGUGCACAAGAGCAAACGCAUCGAGGAGGAGAGUGUAGACGCCUCGUGGCUCCGUGGUAAUGACACCCUCCAGACACCGGGGGCGCUAGCCACUCCUCAGCUUACCUCCACCGUCCUCAGAGAGAACCCACGGCAGGCAGCGGACACACACCUACCUGAUCACGACUCAGAACCGGGCUCAGAGAACGACUAUGUACACAAUUCCCAGAUGCAGAUGUCUUGGCUAGGCCAACAGAAGAUAGAAGACAGCAGAAAGGAUAGAACAGCCAUGAAUUACAUGAAAGCCCGCAACCAGACGGUCAGACAGACUGUCCGUGGUCUGAUGGAGGAUGACGCGGAGCCGAUCUUCGAGGACGUCAUGAUGUCAUCGCGAGGUCAGCUGGAGGACAUGAACGAGGAGUUUGAGGACACGAUGGUCAUCGACCUGCCUCCCUCCAGGAAUCGGCGUGAGAGGGCGGAGCUCAGACCAGACUUCUUCGACUCAGCAGCCAUGAUCGAGGAUGAGUCGGGUUUCACCAUGCCCAUGUUCUGAUCCGAUGUUCCAUGGCCUUCCAGAAUGGAGAAGGGGCCUUCAACGGGAUGAGCGCUUAAUAGAACAUCAGACUGUCUGUGAACACUUUUAUCGCACACACACGAAAACACCCAGACAUUCUCUUCUCAGCCAGUUGCCGGCUGUGUGUGUUGAGUGGCUCCUGGUGAAGGAAGCGGAUCAGUUGGGAUCUACUCACUGGUCGACUUAUGGAUCCCGUUCAAACCUGAGAACAUCAGACAAAAUAUCUAUCGUACAUAGAGAAGAUCUUUUAUAAUUCAUAUUGGACGUGUGGGUGUGUUGGCAACAAGCCGGAUGGAGGAUCAAAAAUAUCGUACAGAACAUUGUCUCGCAUCGUAUUCGUAAACCUUUCGUCCCGUCCUUUUUGUCCACCUGACCUGGUUUAACUCCUGUUAUCGUUUGCGAUGGUACUUAUGGCCCAGUGCGCCUAGCUAUAUGGUCCCCCCGCCACGCAGCUGUGAGGUUUUGUUUCACAUCACACGUCAUGUACAGUCCAACUCCCCCUCCCCAGAUGGAACUUGAUAUUAAAUGUGAGAAAUCUUUACUCUUUUAUUUAGCCAUUCCCUUUCCCACUCCUGUCUCUUCUCUCUCUCUACUCUUUUCCCCUUUGAUAGUGUUCAGAAUAUCCUGUAUUCUGUUUUAGUAAGAAAUACACCAAACAGCAACUGAGCUAGGAGAGCUCUCCAUUGGACAUACAAGAGGCAGUGACAUCAUAGCAACACCACAAACCCCUCCCCUUCAGAGCUCCAGACAGACACACCCACGGGGAAUCACAGCUUUUUAAAAACCGUUUGAAAAGUCGUUUUAAAAAACAAUCUUUUUGAAUUUCAGUAGCUUUAGUAUAAAGUUUUGAAUCAAGUGAGA